AUGGAUGCAGAGUUAAUACCAGGCUUGCCUGACGAUGUUGCUCUCAUAUGCCUCCUCCGCCUCCCUUUGCAUGCCUUGGCCGUAGCUCGACGUGUCUGUAAGCGAUGGAAGCAAGAAAUCACUUCGCCGUCUUUCUAUCACCGCCGGAAGGCCGCAGGCCAUGCUCACCCCAUCGUUGCACUUGUUGAAUCGAAUCCUAGCAGUCGUUACAAGAACCUGAUCUUGUUCGAGCCGACCACAGGUGUCUGGAAUAAGCUGCCCACCGUCCUGGACUGGCGUGUCCUGAAAUGGUGCAUAUUCCGGCAGGUGGCCGCCGUAGGGCACGAGUUGGUGGUGAUAGGCGGCGGAGGCAUGCGUCGCAGCGCUCCGGUCCACGUCUACAAUUUGUUGACCGGCGUUCGGCGUCGGGGGACGACGAUGCCGGGCCCCGGGAGGAUCUCCUUCGCGUUCGCCGCCUCAGCGGAGGCACGGAUGGCGUACGUGGCAGGGGGACAGAACGAGCACGGGAAGCCGCUGCGGUCGGCGCUGGCCUACGACGUGGCGGCGGACGCGUGGGUGUGUCUGCCGGACAUGACGCGCCCUCGGAGGGAGUGCAGGGGAAUCUUCGUCGACGGAGCGUUCUGCGUCGCCGGCGGCAAAUGGAGGCUUGACUGGACCUCUGAGGCGUUCGACGUCGCGGAGGGGCGGUGGACGGCGAAGCAGGGGAAGUUUCUAGGGAAGGCACUGAUCGAUCCUCUGACGGUAGUGGCGGCGGAGGAGGGCAGGGUGUACAGCUGCGGUCGGAAUGGGGUGGUGGAUGUCUGCUCGGACAUAGACGGCGGAGGGUGCCGAAGGCUGGGGGUGUUUUCCCAGGAGCUAUAUGGGUUUCCUGCACAUGUGGCGGCGUGGAAUGGCGGGGUGAUGGUGAUGGGAACCAUUCGAGCAGGGAAAACGGCGUGCAUUUUGGAGGAGGGGAAGUGGCGGCAGGUGGCGUUCCCGGCGGAGUUCACUACCGGCUGUGUCCAGUCCUUGUGCAGCUUCCAACUUUAG